AUGCAGAAAAUACCAAACCCAAUCUUAUCUGAAAUCUUAAGAAUUGUCGGCCCAUUUAACCAAAUUGUAUCUUUAUCACGAGUGUGUAAAAGGUGAAAAGAAAUUAUACGAAAUUCUCAUCACUAUGUAUCUUUUAUCGGAAACCAAAAAGAUAGCCUCUUGCCAUCUAAUAUAAAAAUCAGCAUGCUAAUGAGAUGGAAUAUUUUGCAUUUGGAUUUGAGAGGGCUUUCUUAUUCUACGCAAAAAUUGAUACAUAUCUUAACAAGGAACCCAUUUUUAGUGAGCCUCAGCAUCUCAGACUUUGGUGAAAAUUUGCGUGCUGUUUGGCAGAGUCUUUUAAGAUCAAAUAAUGGCAAAUUUAAAGAGAAUAAAAUUUUUAGGAGCUUGGAAGUUUUGAGGAUUUAUAAAAGCUAUCUUGGAGAUCAUUUUGGAGCUGAUAUUUCCCAGCUAUGCCCAUGCUUAAAAAAGCUUUAUGUAAGAAAUACCAAAAUUCCGAUUGAGGAUUUGAUUGAAAUUUUAGUAUAAUUAAAAAUAUGGCGUCUUUGUCUGGGCAUGGCCUCCCGGCCAUGCAGCCUCGACUCAUAUUUUAAUUAUAUCCGGCAAGGUUUUACCAUUCUAGAGAUGGACGGCAAUACUAGGUAAGCAAUUCUGGUUGUGUGUAGAGCCUAGUCCUAGUCUACUCUCAAGGGUGGAUUUUUCCUCGUGGGAAGGAGGGCACGGAGUUGGAAAGGGGAAAGCUCAGCAGAGUCCGUUGGGACCAAUCGGGUAACUCCCUAGCGUGAAACUGGGCGUUACGUCCCAGGCUACGUAUUUUUCCUUUUUGCCGACAGCUGACCAGAAAAAUCCAUUUUUUGGGUUUUUCGGAAAAGCAACCCAUGUAACAAGCAAGUAGCUCAUUCAUGAGCCGUCGAAGCCGGAACACUUUCCCGAGAAGCACCUUAGUGAUCAAAGUAGGCCAUCCCCAGCGACCUGUGGGCCCCGAUGCGACGGAGGCGAGUGGCUGUACCUGGGGUUGUCACCCCGUAGUGGACGUUUAGCGUAUAAAUUUGAUAAGAUAAGAUUGAAAUUUUAGUAAAGCUCCGGAAGUUAGAGAUUCUAGAUAUUUCAAUAAAUAGCUCUCUGGAGAAGCCUCCUCAAAAUUUAACUGAACUUCUGGCAGAUUCAUCAUUAAAAGUUGUUUUUGUUAGCCCAGCUCUGUGUGAUGCAGAACUAUUAUAUUCAAGAAAUCCAAAUAUAAGAGUAGUAGGGCAAACCCUGGAAAAUAUUUUAGAGAAUUCUGAUUUAAGCCUUCUGGAAAAUUGGCUUUUAGCAGGUGGUGAUCCUAAUUUUUUAGAAAAUCCGAAGCCUCAACUUGAUUUUAUCAAAAAAUACUCAAAUGAUCCUAAAAAUGAUGAUGAAUUUUUAUAUGAGGCUUUUAAGAUUAUGCUUAGAUUUGGACUUGAUAUUUCAACACAUAUUAAUCACAGUGAAUUUCUUUUCAGCAAAGCCUUAAGGCUUGGGUUUUUUAAACUGGCUGACUUUUUACUGAGAAAUGGAUGCGAUAUAUGACCCAAAAAGCUUACGAGAGACGAAAGAUCCCCAAUUCUUUUGGCAGCUGAAUUAUGAAAUAAGGACCCUUCUUUUCUCCACACCUUUGUGAAUUUAAAACUUCAUACUGGCGAUUAUUUUUUGAAAAGAUUUUGCAAUCCUUAUUGCAUUGUAAUGGAAAACGAGAGAUUUGAUCAAGACUUGUAUAAUUUUUUGAUAAAAAAUAAAUUUCCAUAUUUCAGAUGCCCAAGCCACCAAAAUAUUUUAAUUUGCAACGCGAGUGUUCUUAAAUAUGGAAUUGAAUCACAGUUUGAAUUAUUUCCAUUGGAUAUUGUGUACGAAGCAGCAGUAUAUAAUAUAUGUGAAGCAGCAGUAUAUAAUAUAUGUGAGAAUCAUAAAAAUAUUUCUAUUGAAAUAGUAAAAUAUUUGGUAACAAAAGAUAUAAAGCCUUUAGAAGAGACCUAUAAAAAUAUUCUUAAAAAGACUGGGAAUUAUGAUCACAUGAUCCUUGAGCCUCUUCUGCUUUUGGCUGUUCAGAGAAAACAAGAUAAAAUUGUCGAAAUUUUAGCAGAAGCUGGCUUUGAUUUAAAUGUUAAAAAUCAAUAUGGAUGGACUCCUUUAAUAGCUGCUGCAUCACGAGGAUAUACUGAUAUUAUUAAAUAUCUGUGUGAAAAAGGGGCGCUAAUUGAUGAAAAAGAUUCCACUGGCAAAACUGCUUUGCAUUUCGCAGUAAUAAAUGGUCAAAAAGAAGCCGCUUUUGAAUUAAUUGGGCAAAAUGCUGAUAUUUCAGCUCCCUGCAUUCAGAAAUUGACUCCGUUAGAUUACGCAAGAUGAAAAAAGAAAAAUCAAAUUGCCAUGAUACUGGAAAGCGUAGGUGCAAAAGGAACGUUUGUAAAUUUUGAUAGUGCUUAA